AUGUUAAAAGAGAAACUGCAAGAAAUAAAGGAUUCAAAUACAAAUUUAUAUUAACAUUUGAAUAAUGUAUUGACUAAGAUAUUAUUGGAUAAUCCAAAAGUAUGAAUAUAUUAUGAGUUAUAAUUGUAGAAUGCUUUUGAAUUAUUUGAAGAUUAUUCAUUUUAAGUAAAAUCAAAUGGAUUCACAUUUGAUAAAUAUAAUGAAUUUGAUAAUGCAGAGAGAACAAAAGUUACUAUGGAUUAAGCUAUUUAAUAAAAGACAUUGAAACUAAUCAAUAAAAUUAAUCUUGGAACUGAUGAAGAACCUUAAGAAUCAACUUAAACUGGAUAUUUACCAAAUUUAACAGAAGAAUCAUAUUUAUAUGAAUGGGCUGGUAUUGGAAUUGAUGAGAAUUAUAAAAUAUUUAAAGCAUUGACAGUAAUUAUAUUAAUUUAAUAUAUUAGUUAUUAUCUGUUACUAAAUAAGCAUCUAAACUUAGAUUUUGGGGUAAAAUUAUGGGAAGAGAUAAAGAUUAUUAUAUUGCUGAAGGAGUUGCUACUAGUACUGUUGAAGAUGGUGAAUUACCACCUGAAGUUGAACCAAGAGGAUCUGGUAUUAAUACUAAAUCAUAUUGGGCAUGCACUGAUAUUUUGAAUGAUAAAGAUUGGGUUGAAUUACCAUUGGUUACACCAUAAUAAAUCAAUAUAUCUAGAUAAAUUAAAUAUAUGUUUACAGGUAAUUUAGAAAAUGAUGUGAUUACAAAUCCUUAUUUCUUUGGAAAAGAAAAACAUUUAUUAAAAGCAUAAAUUGUUAGAAUUACAUAAUCUACUGUUAUUAUUCCAAAAGGUUAAUAUAUUUUAAGAGAAGGGGAACCUAGAGAAAUAGAUCCAGCACCUGAAUAUAAAUUACCAGGAUUUCAUGAUUUAAAAACAUUAAAUGAUUGGAUGCAUUUUAAUUAAAAUAUAUUAAAUGUAUAUUAUUUAUUAUUAUUAUAUUAGUGUGGUAGAUUAGUACAUUUAAUACCUUCUGAAUUACCUGAAGGUGUUGAACCAGAAGCUUAUUAAAAAUAAAUAGAAGCUGCGGAUCCUUUUGAAAAUAGAUUAAAACCUAUUUCAAAUGAUAAAAUAUAAAAUAAUAAACCAGCUUGGAAAAUUAGAAUUGUUGGUGAUACAACUGAUUAUAAUCCUUUAGCCAAAGACACUAAUAAUAAAGUUAAUAAUGGUGUUAUUAUUAUUAAAUCUUUAGUUUGGCCAGGAUUAGUAACUGUCUAUUCUGUAAUAAUCUAUUUUAAUUUAUAAUAGAACAAAGUAUUAUCACAAUUAUAUUAUGGUUAUGGAUUUAAGGCAACAAAUAAUCAUUUCUAUCCUAAAUAACCAUAAUAAGUUUAAUAAGAAUAACCAGAUCUUCCAGAAUAACCAGAACCCAAUUUCCCAGCUGAAGUCCCUUAAUAACAAUAAGAUUGAUCAUUAUUAUUAUUAAAUUAUGGAAUAAGAG